UUAUUUUUUAGUUUUUCUUCCCGGGUUUGCAUCUUUUGAGAGCCAUGCCUGUCUCUGAAAAUUGAGAUUUUUUGUUCUGGGUCUCUCUUUCUCUUUCUUCUCUCUACAAAGAAAUGGAAAGUUAAGAGCUUUUUGUCAUUUUGACAACUCUAGUUGCUCAUUUCUCUUCUGGGUUUUCUAGUGUUGUAUUGAUAAAUGUUUUUUUUUCCUUGAUGGGGGUUGUUCUCUGCUUAGAAGUGCAAGAGAAAGCAAAGUAAUUGUUUUUGCUUUUGUUUUUCCUGGGUCUUGUUCUGAUGGGUGUGAAGAGCAAUAAAAUGCAGAAUAACCACCAACAACAUAACCAUAACCAUUCAGUGGUAGUGAGAUUGAAUGAGCAAAUGGGGACAAAAAGAGGGUACACUUUUAUUCAGGCAUAUAGAGCUUGGAUCCCAAAGUUUCUAAUGCUUUGGGUUGUUGUGAUGGCGUUUAUUAGCAUGAUGAUCUACAAUUGGAUGGAUGCUGAGAUCAAGGAGAGAAGGAAAGAGGUCCUCACAAGCAUGUGUGAUCAGAGGGCCAGGAUGUUACAAGAUCAGUUUAUUGUCAGUGUUAAUCAUGUUCAUGCCCUUGCCCUCCUCGUUUCCACCUUCCAUUACUACAAGAACCCUUCUGCAAUUGAUCAGGAGACUUUUGCUGAGUACACAGCUUGUACAUCGUUUGAGAGGCCUUUACUGAGUGGGGUAGCCUAUGCUCAGAGAGUGGUGAAUUCGGAGAGGGAGAGUUUUGAGAGGCAACAUGGUUGGACCAUAAGGACAAUGGAGAGAGAGCCGUCCCCCGUGCGGGAUGAGUAUGCGCCUGUCAUCUUUUCUCAGGAAACUGUUUCAUACAUCGAGUCACUGGACAUGAUGUCUGGAGAGGAAGACAGAGAAAACAUCUUGAGGGCUAGGGCUACUGGGAAGGCUGUGCUAACAAGUCCCUUUAGGUUGCUAGGUUCUCAUCAUCUUGGUGUUGUGUUGACCUUCCCCGUUUACAAAUCCAAGCUCUCUUCACAUCCUACAGUAAAAGAGCGCAUCGAAGCAACUGCAGGAUACCUUGGUGGAGCCUUUGAUGUUGAGUCCCUUGUGGAGAAGUUACUUGGGCAACUUGCUGGGAAUCAAGCGAUUUUGGUUUAUGUAUAUGACAUCACAAACUCUUCCGAUCCCCUAAUCAUGUAUGGCCACCAAAAUCAAGAUGGAGACAUGUCUCUUACACAUGAAAGCAAGCUUGAUUUUGGAGAUCCAUUCAGAAAGCACGAGAUGAUAUGCAGAUAUCAUCAGAAAGCACCUGCAUCAUGGACAGCAAUUACCACUGCGUUUUUGUUCUUUGUGAUCUGUAUAUUAGUGGGCUAUAUCUUUUAUGGGGCUGCUAAUCACAUCGUUAAAGUUGAGGAUGAUUUCCAUGAAAUGCAGGAACUGAAAGUCCGCGCAGAGGCUGCUGAUGUUGCGAAAUCCCAGUUUCUUGCCACUGUUUCCCAUGAGAUCCGGACACCUAUGAAUGGCGUCCUCGGAAUGCUUGGUCUACUUUUGGAUACAGAUUUAAGCUCAACCCAGAGGGAUUUUGCUCAAACUGCUCAAGUCUGUGGACGGGCACUGAUAGCAUUGAUAAACGAGGUGCUUGACCGUGCAAAAAUUGAAGCGGGGAAGCUAGAGCUUGAAGCAGUUCCAUUUGAUCUCCGUUCUAUACUAGAUGAUGUCCUUUCUUUGUUUUCUGAGAAGUCCAGAAACAAGGGUAUCGAACUGGCAGUGUUCGUUUCUGCUAAAGUUCCAGAUAUCGUUAUGGGAGAUCCCGGGAGAUUCAGACAAAUUGUUACAAAUCUCGUGGGCAACUCUGUAAAGUUCACUGAACGGGGGCAUAUCUUUGUCAAAGUUCAUCUUGCUGAACCCUCAAAGACGGUAAUAAACGAGCCUUGUUUGAAUGGAGGGUCAGACGAAAGUGUAUUGACACCUGGGGGCCGUCAGUUUAAAACAUUAAGUGGUCAGGAAGCAGCUGAUGAACGGAACUGUUGGGAAACCUUCAGACAUCUAAUUGCUGAUGAAGAAUUCAGGUCUGACUCUUCAAGUAACAGAACGGCCAGUUUUGAAGCUUCUGACCACGUCACUUUGAUGGUAUGUGUGGAGGAUACAGGAAUCGGCAUCCCGUUAUCAGCUCAGGAUCGCAUUUUCACGCCCUUCAUGCAGGCAGACAGCUCAACAUCUAGACAUUAUGGAGGGACUGGUAUAGGCUUGAGCAUCAGCAAGUGUCUGGUUGAACGGAUGGGUGGUCAGAUAAACUUUGUAAGUCAACCUCAUGUUGGAAGUACAUUUUCGUUCACUGCCAUUUUUGAGAGGUGCAAGAAAACCUCAUUUAAUGAAAUGAAAAAGCCUAUUUCCGAAGAUCUGCCUUCUGGUUUUAGAGGACUGAAAGCAAUAUUAGUUGAUGGAAAACCUGUAAGAGCUGCUGUCACAAGUUAUCAUUUGAAGAGACUUGGUAUCCUAGUCGAAGUUGCCAGUAGCAUAAAAAUGGCAGUUGCUUUAUGUGCAAAAAAUGGUUCUGUCAUACCUGGAAAUAUUGUGCGGCCUGAUUUAAUUCUAGUUGAGAAGGAUUCAUGGAUUUCUGCGGAAGAUGGUGGUUUGAACAUAAGGCAGUUGGAGUGGAAACAGAAUGGACAUGUAUUCAAGUUGCCUAAAAUGAUCCUUCUUGCUACCAAUAUUAGUAGCACGGAGCUCAAAAAGGCAAAGGCUACAGGUUUUGCAGAUACCGUGAUUAUGAAGCCUUUGAGAGCAAGUAUGAUAGCUGCGUGUCUUCAGCAGGUGGGGAUAGGCAAGAAGAGGCAGCAGGGAAAAGACUUGCUGAAUGAAUCUUCUUUCCUUCAGAACCUGCUCUGUGGCAAGAAAAUCUUGGUGGUCGAUGACAACGUUAUUAACCGGAGAGUUGCUGCAGGUGUGCUGAAGAAAUUUGGAGCUCAUGUAGAGUGCGCUGAUAGUGGAAAAGGAGCACUUGAUUUGCUUAAACUACCGCACGGUUUUGACGCUUGCUUCAUGGAUAUUCAGAUGCCAGAGAUGGAUGGGUUUGAGGCAACCCGCCGAAUUCGGCAGAUGGAGAGUGAGGCGAACAAGCAAGUGAACGGUGGAUCCCCUAUUGAUGGAACUGCCAGAAAUGGCGAGUGGCACACACCAAUACUAGCGAUGACAGCCGAUGUCAUCCACGCCACCUACGACGAGUGCUUAAAGUGUGGGAUGGACGGUUAUGUGUCGAAACCCUUCCAGGAAGAGAACCUCCAUCAGGCGGUUGCUAAGAUCUUCAAGUCUAAACCUGUUGAAGAACCUUAACAAGAUUCCCACUUCUGAGAGCCUGGAACAUUUUCAAAUCUCUGGACCGUGUUGAAACAUUACCAGCAAUUUUGGAUGUCACGCUGGUGCAGUCGUUUUUCCGGCAGAAAAUUGGCAACAGAUGGUUCCUCGGAACACUGAAGAUUCUUGGCGACAUUGAAAAACAGGUUUGCGCAAUCAUGUCUAACCAACUUCCGACUUUUAACUUGAUUAGCAUUCGAGUACAUGUAUACUACAGAACCUUCUGUCCCCACUUGUGUGUAUAGAUCCUUAGGGGAGUAGGAGUCAAAUAUGUAAAUCAUAUUAUUUUUGUAUGCUUUCCACGAAAACUUUCCUUUUUCAGAAAUGUCUCUCAAUAUCUUGAUUUGUGCAAUUGUUUCUUGUACAAGACUUGGUCUCAAUGCCAUUGAAUGUCUGAGAAGAAAAAAAAAAAGAAGAAAUGUUUGUGGAUGAAACAUUGCAUGUCCUUGGACAAGAUCAGAUGAGCCUGCGGAAAUCUUAAAUUCAGUCGGCUAAAAACUGUCCCCAGCUUUUCAUGGCUUUCUUUGGUGUUUCAGUUUAGAAUGAGCAAAACACAAUGCGUUAAUUGCACUAGUGGACCCAGAACUUACC